UGGGGCAGUCGACGUCACGGCUGGGGUUGGUUUCACCAUCGUAAUUGGGUUUUAUGUCCUUCUUCCCAUGAUUUCAGCUGCGUCUGCCUUGACAACACCACGUGUAUACCGACAUGACUUUGGAGCACGACCUCCAUCGCGGCGACUUGGAGAAGGGCCAUGGGGGGAACGAUACCACCCAAGAGAAUCCGACGCAGCCUCCAAACUAUCCACUCCCUGAACGUACGAUAUCCGGGGCGACGGCGCCCGUUCCUCCCGACGCAGACGACUGGGACCCUCCCGAUGGCGGUCUGCUCGCCUGGUCCCAGGUCAUCGCCGCCCUCUUCAUGAACAUGGUUGUCUGGGGCUACCCUGCGAGCUUUGGUGUUUUCCAGCUGUAUUACGUGGAGACACUGGGCCUCCCACAGACGCAGGUCCCCUGGAUUGGCUCCGUCCAGGUGUUCCUGGCCUUCGCCAUGUGCACGGUCAGCGGCCGGCUCACCGACGCAGGCUGGGCCAAGGAGACGGCCCUCGUGGGAAGCUUCUUUGCCGUCUUUGGUACCUUUAUGACCAGUCUGGGUAGGACGUGGUGGCACUUUUUCCUCGCACAGGGGAUCUGCACCGGCAUCGGUCUGGGACUGGCCUUUAUGCCCUGCGCCACCGUCGUGAGCACGUACUUUAAGCGGCACCGCGCGUUUGCGCUCGCGCUGGCUGCCACGGGUUCGUCCUGGGGGAGCCUCAUGUUCCCGUCCAUUGUGCAGUAUCUCAUUCCACCGAUUGGGUUUGCGUGGGCGGUCCGUUGCGCAGCAUUCGUCGCCCUCACAAUCUGCGCUGUGGCGAACUUGCUGCUCAAGCCGCGGAUUGCUCCCAGGAAGUCCGGUCCCAUGAUAGAAUGGGAGGCUUUCAGGGAGCCCGCCUACAUGUUCUUUGCGUUGGGUGGGGUCUUGUACUUGUAUAUGUUGUAUUUUGCCUACUUCUAUGUCAACAGUUUCGCCCGCGACAUUAUUGGCUUCAGCCAAACCGACUCUGUGACAGUCCUACUCAUUCUGAACGGUAUAGGUAUCGCCGCGCGUCCCUUGGCAGGCUAUCUCGCCGAUCGUUUCUUUGGUCCCAUCCAUAUGUUCUUAGGCAUGCUGUGCGCCAUUGGCAUCGCGCUCUUUGCCUGGAUUGCCGUGACGACGCGCACGGAAAUGUAUGUCUUUGGCGCAUUCUAUGGCUUCGUGACAGGCGCAGGCCAAGGGUGCUAUGUUGGGGCGCUCGCCAGCCUGACAAAGGACCCGCAGAAGAUGGGAACGAGAUUUGGCAUGGUCUCGACUAUGACCGCUUUUGCCGUGCUUGCAGGGCCUCCAACUGGGGGUGCUCUUAUCGAAAGAAUGGACGGCUCGUAUGUGGGCGCGCAGGUCUGGGGCGGAUCCGUCGCUGUGGCCGCUGCAGUGUCAGUUCUGGGCUCGAGACUUGCGACGACGGGUUUCAAGUUCAAGGUCAAGAUCUAGACAGUCAUAUGAUGAGGCUUCCACCUUUGUGGUUCCAACGAUCUUUACUCGGACAUCAAUGAGCUCUA